CUUUCCCGCUUGCCGACUGCCCCGACUACUCCAGCUCCUGCCGCCUCAACCUUCCAAUAUCAUCCCGUCAAGAUGGCGCGACCCAAGACACGUUCUCUGGCGGCCUUCCUGCUGCUCGUCACCCUUGGAUCCCUCUUGAUCGCGUCCGAGGGAGUGCAGCUUUCCGUCUCUGCCUUGCGGAGACUUUCUGUGAGUGCAAAGAGAAUCGCGACAUCGGGAGUGGGCUCGGCGAACGGGCCUGGUGUUCGUAAUAUGGUUGGGGCAUGGAACAGAUUUUCUCAAGGACAGGAGGAAAACCCACCCAAUCAGACCCGUCCGGAGAUAAAAAUGAAUGUCCAAUGGGCUAAAGAUAAACCGGUUAUCGGAUCCAACGGUGGUGAAGGCAAAAUUUUGGAGGCAGCUCGGAAAAUUGCACACCAGCAUGGAGGACUCUUGAUGAAUCCCGGCCAAAUCAGGGCCGCCAUGCUGACGGAAUUCAUGAACACCCUAAAUAGAAUCGACUUGUCUAAGUACGAGAAUCUCAACGCGGACCAACAGAGAGACUAUGAAGACACACAGCAGUCAAUCAACGCCAUGUCUCCGGAGCAGAAGGCAGCCCUUAUUAGCUCCUAUCAGAACGAAAAGAAAAAGACAGGAUUAGCACGUUUGCUAUUCAAGCGCAAAAAGGACAGGAUGGAGAAGCAGAUGAUGAUGGCAGCGACGCACCUUAACCAGGACAGGGAUGAAAAAGGCAAUCUUAACAGAGGCGCAGUGGGAAGAGCAAUUCAACACGCGAACACCAGAUUUGAGGCCGAGGAGAAACGGGAGCAGGAAGCGCAACAGCAACAGGCGCAGCCGGAACAAAAGCCAGAGCCCAAGAACGACACGCGCCUGUGA